AUGAAACACUUAGUCCCUCCUUGGCUCUUCCUUGUUGUUCCUCCCUGGCUCCCUGAUCCUUCCUUAUGGCCCUUCCUUGACUCCCUGGUCCUUCCUUAUGGUCCCUUCCUGGCUCCCUGGCUCUUCUUUCCACUGGCUAGUAAUGGGGAGGGCCUGGGCUCAGGCCCACAAGGCCUGGCCCUAUGGAAGCCUGGACCAGCCCAGCCUUUUAAUUCAUGCCUGAUCCUUCUGCCUACAAUUGGUAUUCAUUACAUACAAAGUUGGCAUGAUGCCUCUAAUUCCACCACAUCAGAACUGAGUGCCCACCUUAAGGCUAUUGCCCUCAUGCAAGCUGAGGAUGCUAGGAUUUUGAUAGCAGCUACUACCAUGACAUCAGCAACUACAAGUUCUCAUGCUGUCAACCCUGCUAAGAGAUCUCAAAAUCUUGAGUCUUUUGAUAGUGAGAAUGAGACAGAUUGUUCAACUGCUCCAAAACCACCAAAAAACAAAAAGUCUCAUAUCAGUCAAUCUGUAACCAUCAGUUCUGACUCAGAAAAUGGCCAUGUUGCACCUGAUACAAACAAGCUUGCAUACAAAAAGAAAUGCAAAGUCACAGAUCCAGACCCUAUCAACAGUGAUGGAUUUUUAGCUGACAUCAACAUCAUGAGCCUUUCCAAUGAUGAGGUCAAGCCAAAUUGUGAUUGA